AUGGACUUGGGUAAGGGUGCAACACAAACAGCACCAUCAGCAUCAUCAGCAUCAAGAGGCCAUCAUGCUAUGACCCCUCGAAAGGGCCGAGUCGCUGUAGUUGUUAUAACCUUAUCAAUCCUCCUUCUCUUAUGGCGUUUACCAAGGUCUAGUCAUGGCAUCUUUCCUGAGCCUCUAGGAGAUGUUGUUCUGAAACCACAGGAGGAAGAUAAUCGGCCUGCCAUACCCAGCAUUCUUCGCCUACCCGACGUAUCAUCCACGGGUGUGCCUCGAAUCCAAGCAGACUUCGUCGCCGAGAGUUCAUCCGCAAAGAACACCAGACUGCAACGACUUCAAAAAAUCAAGGCUGCUGCUCUACACUCGUGGCAUGGCUAUCGCAAAUUUGCAUGGCUGAAAGACGAGCUGGCACCAGUCUCAGGCGGUUCAAAGACCUCUUUUGGCGGCUGGGCAGUAACUCUCAUUGACUCGUUAGACACUUUGUGGCUUAUGGGUCUCAAGAGCGAGUUCGAGGAAGCUGUUCAAGCCCUCGUAGACAUCGAUUUCGAGAAGCCUGCGCAUCUUCCUAUCAAUGUUUUCGAGACAACCAUUCGCUACCUUGGGGGCCUGCUUGGGGCAUACGACCUGAGUAACGGUGAGUACCCGGUCUUGCUCGAGAAAGCUAUCGAGGUCGGAAACAUGCUUUAUGGUGCCUUCGACACGCCUAAUCGCAUGCCUGUUAUACAAUGGUCUAAGGUUGGCACGGAAGCAGCGGCAGGGGACACUCUUGUUGCUGAGCUCGGAUCUCUGACCCUGGAAUUCACAAGACUCAGUCAAUUGACGGGUGAUCAGAGGUACUAUGAGGCUAUACGGGGAAUAACGAAUUGCUUUGAAUCUCAGCAAGGUCAAACCAGGGUGCCGGGAUUGUUUCCCCACGUCGUCAAUGCGAGAGAAUGUUGGUUUGGUGAUGGAGUGACUUUCUCGAUUGGCAGUUCCGCGGAUUCCGUUUACGAAUAUUUCCCAAAACAAUACCAAUUACUCCGAGGGCGUAGUCUACAGUAUGCAAAACUAUACUUGACUGCCAAAGAGCCUUUGAAAGAGCAUAUCCUGUUCAGACCAUCAAUUCCAGCAGGUCAGGACAUUUUAUUGGCUGGAAUCUACAAGAAGUACCCGACCGGACGUGAGGAGUUUAUAGCAGAGACACAGCACCUAGCAUGCUUCGCUGGUGGCAUGUUUGCUCUAGGAGCCAAAUUGUUCGACAUACCAAGUGAUCUCAAAACUGCAAGAGACCUUGUGGAAGGAUGUGUGUGGGCCUAUAAUGCGACGAGUAUGGGUAUCAUGCCCGAAAGACUUCGCUUGGUACCUUGCCAUGAUCGACGGCAGCCUUGCAGCUGGGACGAGCGUCUAUGGGACAAAGAGUUGCUGAUGCUAAAUUCCCAGGAGGAAUCUGCCUCCGAGAAAGCGCUGUCCCAGGAGAAGCGUGCACAACGACUGGCGGAUCGAUUGCGAUUGCCCAAGGGCGUCACUGAGAUGUCCAAUCGAGGAUACGCUUUGAGACCCGAAACCAUUGAAUCGAUAUUCGUCCUCUAUCGCGUCACAGGAGAUGAGAGUCUUCGCGAGGUGGCAUGGAGCAUGUUUGAGAGCAUCGUCGCGCACACAAAGACUGAAUUCGGCUUCUCAUCCAUCGAUGAUGUGACAAGCACAAAUCCGACGAAGAUGGACAUCAUGGAGAGUUUCUGGAUUGCGGAGACCUUGAAGUAUUUCUAUCUGCUUUUCGAGGACCCGGAUGUUGUUAGUUUGGAUGACUUCGUCUUUAACACCGAAGCUCAUCCAUUUAGACUGCAAGAGGUUUAG